AUGGCAAUGACAAACAAUAAAACACAUUGUUUUACCUGUAAUAAAGAUAAAAUAACAUAUCUUUGUGAAGGAUGUUUGAAAAACUUUUGUUUAAUGGAUUUAACAAAACAUCGUCAAAUAUUAAAUGAAGAGCUGUAUCAUAUUAUUAAUGAUUAUAAUCAAUUUAAACAAAUAUUUAAUGAACAAAAACCAAGUUCAUAUGAUCUUUCUUUAAUAGAUCAAAUUAAUCAAUGGCAGAGAAAUUCGAUUGAGAAGAUUAAACAAAAAGCAAAAGAUUCCAUAGAAAAUGUCAUAAAAUCUUCACAAGCUCUUUUAAAUGAUAUUGAAAUAAAAUUUAAUGAUUUAAAUGAACAACUAAAACAAAUUCAUAGCGAAAAUGAAUUUAAUGAGAUUAAUUUGAAUUAUUUAAGAAAUGAAUUAACAAAAAUUAGAGAAGAAUUUUAUAAUCCACGAAAGACUUCUAUUGAAAAAGAUUUACAAGCAUUUACUAAUGAAAUUUCAAUUAUUCCAUUAGAAAAAAAAUCAAAAUUCAACAAUUGGAAUAAAAAUGCCAUCACUGUAGCUGGUGGAAACGGAUAUGGAGAGAAAUUAAAUCAACUCAAUUGCCCUGUGGGAAUCUUUAUUGAUAAAAACAAAAAUAUUCUCAUUGCUGAUUGUUCAAAUUAUCGUAUUGUUGAAUGGAAACAGAAUACAACACAAGUGCAAAUCAUUGCAGGUGGAAAUGGCAAAGGAAAUCGAAUGAAUCAAUUGAAUUAUCCAACAGAUGUGAUUGUUGAUCAACAGAAUCAUUCGAUCAUCAUUGCUGAUUGGCAAAACAGACGAGUCAUUCGAUGGUUGAAUCAAAAUCAACAAAUUCUCAUUGACAAUAUAGAUUGUAGUCACUUGACAAUGGAUAAACAUGGACUUCUUUAUGUUUCUGAUUAUAAGAACAAUGAAGUAAGACGAUGGAAAAUUGGUGAGUAUAAUGAAGGAACUAUAGUUGCAGGUGGAAAUGGAAAAGGAAAUCAACUCAAUCAACUUAAUUUUCCUGCCUAUAUCUUUGUUGAUGAAGAACAAUCUAUUUAUGUAUCAGAUCAAAACAAUAAUCGUGUGGUAAAAUGGAGAAAAGAUGCAAAAGAAGGUAGAAUUGUUGCUGGAGGAAAUGGUAAAGGAGAAAAGUUGAAUCAACUGUCUUCACCUCAAGGAUUAAUUGUUGAUGAUGUAGAUCAAAUCUAUGUGGCAGAUAGUGGGAAUGAUCGAGUAAUGCGUUGGUGUGAAGGAAAAGAAGAAGGUGAAGUUGUUGUUGGUGGAAAUGGUUAUGGAAAUCAAUCAAAUCAAUUGAAUCGUCCCACAGGUUUAUCUUUCGAUGAUGAAGGAAAUCUUUAUGUUGGCGAUAAUUCAAAUCAUCGAAUUCAAAAAUUUGAAUUAAUCUUGUAA